UUGUCGCCCCGCCCCUAUUCGCGCCACGCCCAGCGCCUCGCAAGAGGUGUCGCGCGGUCCUACGUCAUCCACACCGCGACGCCGGAGAGUGAAGUCAGGCGGAGGAGUUCGUUGCCGGAAGUGGGGCGGCGGCAGCUUGUGGGGGCUGCCGGCGGAAGGGCAAUGAGGGGCCUGAUCCUGCGGGCCUGGCGGGGAGGGUGGUGUCGUGGGCGGGGCCAUGCUACGGGAGCCGGGGACGCUCAGAGGCGAGAGAAGCCGCCGUGGCGCGUCUUGUUCUUUGGCACGGACAGCUUCGCGGCAGAGAUCCUUCGAGCGCUCCAGACCGCCCGAGAGCCCAGGUCAGAUCUGCUUCUGGACCACCUGGAGGUGGUAACCCUGCAGUCCCAGCUGUCAAAGGGCCUCCCUGUGAACAACUACGCAGAGCAGCUGCAGCUUCCCAUCCACCUCUGGCCAGAUGUAGGUCCAUGUGAGGACUUUGACGUUGGUGUGGUGGCAUCGUUUGGGCGCCUGCUCAGUGAGGACCUCAUCCUGAAGUUCCCAUAUGGUGUGCUGAAUAUCCAUCCCAGCUGUCUUCCAAGGUGGCGAGGCCCAGCACCUAUAAUCCACACAGUCCUCCAUGGAGAUACAGUCACUGGGGUGACAAUUAUGCAAAUCAAGCCUAAGAGGUUUGAUGUAGGUCCAAUUAUCAAGCAGGAAACGUUUCCAGUUCCAGUCCAUUGCUCAGCAAAAGAGUUGGAAUCUAUAUUAUCCAAACUGGGUGCAAAGAUGCUCAUUGCUGUGCUGCAAAACUUGCCUGAAAGUUUAAGGAACAAGAGAGAGCAACCAAAGGAAGGAGUAACAUUUGCUCCUAAAGUCACUGUUGCAGCGAGUUGCAUCCGGUGGGAAGAACAAGCACCUGAGCAGAUACUAAGGCUGUAUCGUGCGUUGGGGACAAUGAUGCCCCUGCAAACACUCUGGAUGGGUACUAUUGUAAAACUAUUGGAUUUUGUGGAAGUGGAAACAUUACCUGACCACAAUGAUAGGUUACCAACUGAAAACAGCACCAUCCCAGGAUCGGUGUCCUAUCAUAAGCAGUCGCAGACAUUGAUGAUCCGUUGCAAGGAAGGUUGGGUUGGAGUCAAAGCCAUGGUACUUAAGAAGAAGCUGACAGCUGCUGACUUCUACAAUGGAUACUUGCAUCCUUGGUUUCAGCAGAAUUCCAAAACGCCUCCUGGACAGUGCAGGUUUCAAACCCUGAAGCUGGCCACAGCCAAGAAUGGUCCCAAAGGAAGGGUGUUGCCGGCUCACAGCACAUAGCAGUGACAAGGCCCGGUAGACAGUCCAAAACAACCGGGUGCUCAUUUAUGACAGCAGGGUUGGAAACGUCUCGUAUCAUAUCAUCUCUGCACCAACAAUGUAGUCUUUGUCUCUCUGCACAGCCAUCAACUGAAACAGGGAUGGAAGGAACAGAAAUACGAUAAGAGGUCGUGAAACGUGCUUGCUGCUCCGAGCUAGGUCUCCCAAAGGGCUUCAAGCUACCAGGUAACCCCGGACCAUGUGUCCAUCCUCAGUACCUGGAACCCUGAAAUAAUAAUUGCAUCCUUGCAAGAGGGAUUUACGGGCCACCUUAGAUUGUCAAUUUUUGUACGUAAAAGUGCAGGUUUGUGAAGUGAACCAAGGCAGUGAUGGCACACUUGAAUGUAUUAUUGAACAAUAAAUUAUUUUUGUACAUGAA